AUGCCUGCACCUACAUUCAACGCGCAGUCCAUAACGGAGCUCAUAGCUAUAAGAGCAGAGCAACAAGGAGAUGUUCCAGCAGUUCAUACUGGUGCGGCGGAAUUCGGAGAGAAGUUGAUGACUUUGACGUUCUCGGAUCUCGCUCGUGCAGUAGAUAGAUUAGCAGCACAUUACGCUGCUCUUGAUAUUCAACCUUCAGUAGGAUCGGGAGAAAUACCUCCCGAGAGAGUAAUUGCGGUUCUCACUUCUACCGCCAUAGAUGAAACCUUGUUGGAAAUCGCUCUUGCCAAGCUUGGUCUUACAGCCCUUUUGCUCUCAAUCAACAAUUCAACGGCAGCCGUAGCACAUUUAUGCAAGGCUACCAAAAGUGCUUAUUUGAUAUAUGGAAGUAAAUUCGAACAAACCGCAAAAGACGCAAAAGCAUUACUUGACCAAGAGGGCAUAGAAUUACAAAUACUUCCCGAAACUAGAUAUCCGCUUUGGGGACCAGGCGGUGUACGAGAUUCCAAAAUCCAACAAUAUCCAGCUAGACUUACACCUGAACAAGAAGCCAGACGAACUUGUGUUGUCCUUCAUUCAUCCGGAUCAACAGGUUUUCCUAAACCAGUCUUCAUUUCUCAUUAUGGUUUGAUAGCCAAUGCCGCUCAAUCAUUGCCUAAGACGGGGUUCUCAGCUUUACCCCUUUUCCACGGUUUUGGUCAUUUCUCAAUCUUCCGAUGUUUCUAUCAUGGGAAGACUUUCACUCUCAUGCCCCCUAAUUUACCCCUCACUUCAGCCAACAUCUGCCGAGUCAUCCAAAACUCACCUACCCCUCCAGUACAACAUUUCGCUGUGCCUUACGUGCUCAAGCUUCUUGGUGAAACGGAGGAAGGUGUCCAAGCUCUUGCCAAUUUCGAAGCUGUCUCUUUCGCUGGAGCUGCUGUGCCUGAUGAUUUGGGUGACAGAUUAGUCAAAGCUGGUGUGAAUCUCAUUUCGUUCUACGGCACAACUGAAACCGGCGCGCUCAUGACAUCUCGAAGAGCAGAUUACGACAAAGACAAGGCUUGGAACUGGCUGCGAGCUGAAGGCCCUAUUUCCGACUACCUUGAGCUCAUCCCUCAAGGGUCAGACACUUUCGAGGUGGUAGUCAAAGAUGGGUGGCCAGCUAAAAUCAUGUCCAACCGAGAUGACGGAGCAUACUGUACAAAGGAUUUGGUACUACAACACCCAGAACAAAAAACCUGGUUCAAAUAUAUCGGUCGAUUGGAUGAUACCCUUACUCAAACUCUGGGUGAGAAGACCAAUCCUGUUCCCAUCGAAUUAGCCAUCAGAGGAAACUCUCCUUUGGUAGCUGAAUGUAUCGUCUUUGGUGAUGGUAAACCUCAAACUGGUGCUUUGAUUUUGCCAUCUGAGCAAGGGAAAGAUUUAGCAGAAGACAAAAAGGCUUUUAUCGAUGCUAUUUGGCCUGUCAUUGCUGAAGCCAACGCCGCUGCUCCUACACAUUCCCGAAUUCUUCCUGAAAUGGUAGAUGUCUUACCUUACGGUACUGAAAUUCCAGUUGCCACUAAAAUGUCAAUCCUUCGACCAGCUUGUUACAAGAAGUUCGGAGAUAUGAUCAAUGCUAUCUAUGAUCGUUUCGAACAUGGUACUGGACAACCUAAACAAGAUAUCUCCUCUAAACUAGAGAUGGAAGCAUUCCUUACCGAGACGAUCCUUACUGCUUUGGGUGAAAAGGCAACAGCCGGUCUUGAGCCUAGCACGGAUCUGUUCGCUUAUGGUGUCGAUUCUCUUCAAGCUACUAGAGUCAGAAACGUCAUUACGAAAUCACUUGAACUUGGUGACAACGUCAACCUCGGUCAAAACAUCGUAUACGAGCAUCCAUCCGUGUCAGCUCUGGCAGACUACCUUCUUUCCGUUAAGUCAGGACAGGAUUCAAGUAACUCACCUGAAGUGGCCCACAAAACUAUGCUCGAAAUGGUCGAUCGAUACUCUUCUCAACUCGUCAAAAACUCUAUUGCCACCGGACCCAUCGAUGCUCAGAUCAACGGUCAUGUUGGCGAAGUCAUAGUCCUCACAGGAGCAACAGGAUCUUUAGGUGCUCAUAUAUUGGAUCAGCUGGUUAGACAAUCAAACGUCUCUAAAGUCAUUUGCUUGUCCAGAGCCAAAUCGCACGAAGACUCUUUGAAACGAGUCCAAGACUCGUUGUCACAGAGGUUGAGAAAGCUUUCACCCGAGGCUCAAGCGAAGAUCAUCUCGUUUGCUUCGGACGUCAACAAACCUGAUCUCGGAUUAUCUCCUGAACAAUACGAAUUACUUCGAGUGCAAUCUACCGCCGUCAUUCACAAUGCUUGGCCUGUCAAUUUUGUCUUAUCCAUCAAUUCUUUCGAUGAACACAUCGGUGGAGCUGUUAAUUUACUUAAUCUCACUCUCCAAUCGCCUAAGAAGGUUAAACCUACUUUCUUUUUCUCAUCUUCAGUCGGAACAAGACAAGGUAGACCCGAUCCUGUUGUUGGCGAAGACUUCUCAGAUAGUCCUGUUACAGCGGGAGGAAUGGGUUAUGGCAGAUCUAAAUGGGUAGUGGAGAAAAUCCUGGAAAGAGCUGGAAAGGAGACUGAAGCAAGAGUUGGUGUAUUGAGGAUCGGUCAAUUAGCUGGAGACACCGAAGUUGGUGUAUGGAAUGAAACUGAAGCUUGGCCUUUGAUGUUCAAAUCAGCAAAUACCGUUGGAGCUUUACCCCAUUUGGAAGAAAAACCUUCUUGGUUACCUGUAGAUCAAGCUGCUUCCACGAUAGCUGAAAUUGUACUCAACACUUCUUCUUCCGCCAAACCAUCAUCAGGAGCUGUCUAUCAUGUACUCAACGCUCAUUUGGCUUCAUGGACCGAUAUCUUAGAAGGUCUGAAGAAAGGUGGACUACAAUUUGAAACCGUAGAUAGGUAUGAAUGGUUGGAAAAGUUGGCCAGAUCAAAUUCAGAUGUCACCGUAAAUCCUACUUAUAAACUUCUCAGCUUCUACCAAAAUCGAAUUGGCAAUAAAACUGAAAGACCUCAUAUGGAAUUCACUGUUGACAAGGUAGAAGCUACAUCACCAACAAUGAAAGAACAAGUAAAAGCUGUGGACCCAAAUAUCGUUUCUUUAUGGGUCAAACAAUGGAAAUCAUCAGGUUUCCUACAGUGA